AUGGUCCCUUUCUAUUUCUCGACCUUACGCUUCCCUUGGAUAGCGGUUUUGGUCUGUCUAGCUGGGCUUAAUCCGCUCUCGGCAUUUUCGAAGCCAUUAGACCCCAAGACAUGCUCCUUAGAUUUCCACGGCUCGAUUAUAGGCCGUAGACAGGAAUCAUUAACAUGUCCUCUUCCGAUAGAUGAAGAGUCCGUAAUAGACACGGGGUCUUGGGAACCUUGGAAGCGUCGACCCUACUGCAUAGAACCUUUACCAGGCGAUGCACCCGGGCCACAGUUCUGUCUCUACACGUUCGAGCCGUUCCGCGGGGACCGAGGUCUAAGCGUUAUAACCACACCAGUACUUGCAGCAAGUAUGGUCGACGCCUUAGACGACUCGGUCGUGCCCCCGAAGCUUAGGGAUCACCCUUCAAGUGCCCUCGCGGCGGGAGGAAGCAGUCCAGCGUACGUAAUUAAGGACAUACCUGGAAAGGGGAAAGGUUUAGUUGCGCAACGCCAGAUCCGGAAAUGGGAACCAGUGUUGGUGGACUACCCCGUCAUGCUUGCACACAUGGGACUAUUCGAUAUAGUAGGCCCCGAGCUCCGCGAGGAUGUUCUAGAUCGAGCUUUGCGUCAGCUGCCAGAGGAGCAGCAAGGUGAAAUCUUGUCGUUGGCACGUAGCACCGGCGGUGAAACCGUCGAAGACAUUCUCAGAACGAAUAUCUUUGGCGUUGAGCUCGGUAUUGAGAUACCACACCUAGGACUGCUUCCAAUCGCCUCCCGGAUCAAUCAUGACUGUAGGCCUAACGUUUUCUGGCGGUACUCGGUCCGUGCUUUAGCAGUCGAAGUUAUCGCACUGCGCGACAUCGAGCCCGGAGAAGAGAUAACACAAAGUUACGUACCUCUUGGGUUAUCCUACGAAGAGCGCAAAGAAGACUUAAAGAACUGGGGCUUCACCUGUACAUGUUCACUAUGCGCUUCUUCCCCAAAACAAAGAGCGGCCUCGGAUGAAAACCGAACGCGACUACAGGACAUCUACCAUGAGCUAAACGAUAGCGCUGCGAGGAAGUUUAAUCUAACGAUAGACGCAAUAGAAAAGCUCACUGGAGAGCUGGAGUCGCUAGUAGCUAAGGAGAACCUAGAGGCCCAACUUCUUGUGCACUAUGGCGCUGUUGCCAGGGCCUAUAUGCGCGUCGGCGAGCUAGACGCAGCUAGGAGAUACGUGGAAUUGUGCGAAUACUUAUGGGCACGAUACGCCGGAGAGGAAGAUGAUUAUCUCGCGGGAAUGCAUCAACUACGACAUGAGCUAAAUGAGCGGGAGAGGAAGGCCACUAUCGACGGAAGGUCUUAA